AUGGCUGUAAAAAUGUUAAGAGAAAAAAAAAUUUUCAUGAGUGUGCGAGAAGAUAGAUCAACAAGAACCUCUGAGAAAAAGGGAAAAGUGUUUUCUACAUUUCUCCGUUACAAUGUCGUUUUUUGCGUGUUGGUUCUCUCUUUGUUCUAUUCCCUCAUACAGAAUGUGCAGAACUGUAUGAGGAAAAGCAAAACUGAAUGGAAUAUUGCUAAUUUUGGAAAUUGCACAAGGUCUAGAAAAUUAUCGGGUCCAAUUCCAUCCCAUGUCAGAGGAUUCAGAAGACCGACUUUUACUGAGGAUGGAGAAAUGGUUUUUCAGACUCAAAAUAAUGUAAAACAUUUUGACAUGGAUCCUUUAAUGAAAAAAAUAUAUGAUGAAACAGCAAAGGCAUUUUCCCCCCAUUCCAUGAAUCUGUUGGAUGAAGCUGACAAAAAUAGAUGUGUAAAUAAUAUAUUGCUUUUUAUAGACAAGGAUAAUAACUCCUCAGAAGAAAUGACAGAUGAAGAAUUAACCGAAAAAAUAGAAAAAUUAAAAGGACCUGUUGAUUCUAGUACUAUCCUUUUUAUAUGGAGUUGUGUACAUGAACAUGAGAGAAAAAAAUAUAUUAAAAUGGUACAUAAUAUGAAAACAGUAUGUAGAAAAUUGGCUUCUCAUUAUAAUGUUCCCUGGGAAUAUGAAACAUACCGAUUUGGAUAUACAAUGAAUAAAAUGUUAAAAAUGUUAAUGGAAAAAGAUGAGCAGGAUUUAAAAAACAUCAAACAAUUUGCUACUGAUGAUGUUAUAUGUGCUAGGUGGGAAUUUCAGAGGUACCUAAAACUUAAAAGAAGAUCAUGGAAUGAUUUUACAACAAACAUGCGAAGAAAAUGGACCUACAAAUUGCACAAUUGGUUUAAGGAUCUGUAA